UGAAAAUGUUACGCCCUCACGUAACUACGUCACAGACGUCUAGCUGGCGGGAGUUACAGCAGCUCUUCAAACACUAUCACGCGUCCAUACCUACAGUGUUGUUCCUUUAAACUUUGUUUCGUUUAAAUAAUCAUUUUAUUUGUGGAAAUGAUUGGACAGAAAAGUAUCACCUCAUUUUUUUCGCCAAUGACCAAAAAAAGACAUCUGGACGAGAUACAUACAUGCCCAGGCGAUGCAAGAGAUCAUGGGAAAAAACGAAAGUUGGAGCGCGACGAUGUUGCAUCCUCACUGUCCCUGAGUCCUGAGCAAGUUGAACGGAUUUCCAAAAACAAGAAGGCGGCUCUGGAAAGGCUCGCUGCAAACCAAGCUGUACCGAACGGGAUUGGAGAGAGCUGGAAGAAAGCGCUCAACGCAGAAUUCGGGAAGCCCUACUUUAAAUCAUUAAUGUCAUUUGUUGCGGAGGAGAGGCAAAAACACACCAUCUAUCCACCUGAAAAUGAAGUUUUUACCUGGACACAAACAUGUGACAUAAAAGAUGUAAAGGUUGUGAUUCUUGGCCAGGAUCCUUAUCAUGGACCUAACCAGGCUCAUGGGCUUUGUUUCAGCGUGCAGAGACCUGUGCCACCUCCACCAAGCUUGGUGAACAUCUUUAAAGAACUGGCUUCAGACAUCGAAGGCUUUGAGCAACCUGGUCACGGAGAUCUUACAGGAUGGGCAAAGCAAGGAGUUCUGUUGCUGAACGCUGUGCUGACUGUGCGCUCACACCAGGCCAACUCUCACAAAGACAAGGGGUGGGAGACUUUCACUGACGCUGUGAUACACUGGCUCAGCACUAACAUGCAGGGUCUUGUUUUUAUUCUCUGGGGCUCUUAUGCGCAAAAGAAGGGGGCUGCCAUCGACAAGAAACGACACCAUGUUCUGCAAACAGUCCACCCCUCGCCACUAUCUGCUCACCGUGGCUUCUUUGGAUGCAAACAUUUCUCAAAGACCAAUGAACUGCUGAAGAAAUCAGGGAAGAAGCCCAUUGACUGGAAAGCUUUGUGAUGGUUUACAUUUGCGAUUGUAGAUGGAAUGCUGUCUGCCCUGUUUCAAAAGUAACCUUUGUUUUUUAUGGUCAUUUCCUUCCUAAAUGAUCCAUACCUUCGUUCUGAAUACAUAUUUGUUCUUUUCAAGAUACGUUUUUGGUUUAUUUUAUUUUUAAAGGAAUAGUUCACCCAAAAAUGAAAAUUCUGUCAUCAUUUAC